UUCUAUACCCUUUUCGCUGAUAUGAAGUUAGCGUUAGGGCAACUAGGGCCUAACUCGAUUCGAAAGAUUUGUGCUUUCAUAGCUAGGUGUUCGGAGCUGGGGUUGGAGCCUACGUUGUCGCUCUUUUGGUCUUUGCACCGUUUGCAGGGGUCAAGAGAUUAUUAUCCUCUCCAAGAGUUGCACUGGGUAGGUAAAGGGUUAGGGGGUGUGCUGGUGGAUGUGCCUUCGACAAAUAAAGGGUGGCACGAGGAGUUUGCUAUGUUUAAAGGAGGGGAUCUAGGCUGUUUGCCGGGGUAUAGCAUCCCGGAUGGGGCCCUAGGAGGAAUUAAGAGAUCGGAGAAGUUGAAAGAGGAGGAGGAGUUGGAGGCAAAAAAAUUCGUGGGCCGGAGGUUAAAGGGUUUAUGGUCGGAACGUCAUUUCCGAAUGGUGUCAUUUCUAGUUUCACAUAAUUUGCUGUUGAAGGAUCAACCUUACCCUGUCGGGAUGAACAAGACUAAGAUAUUGUUCUUGGCCCAAAAACGGGCGUUGAAGGAGGAUAGUGACAAGGAAGGGAGUCUUAGCGGUGCUGGAACAGGUGAAAAGGAAGUUGCUUCCGAAGGGGCGGAGGCUUCGGCACGGGGUCCGAAGGGUAGGGAGAAGCAGACUCCUUCGAAGAGAAUGAGGGUGGAAAUCCCAGAAAGCAGCAUCAAGGGUUUCGAAGGGGGUAACCCUCUAACUCUUCCGGAAAAAGAAACUUCUCUGUUUCUGAGGGAGAAUGAAGUGGUGGAGAUUUCUACACUUGGAGGGGUACAAAAGUUAUCUGGGGAGCCGUUGAUCCCAUCUCUGGCAGGGAGUGGGGCAAUUGAGAAGCAGACUUUACUUCGUUUUCAAGCAGGAUCUGGUUGGCUAGGGAAGGUUCCGGGUCCAACGGCCCCUACGGAUGCUCUAGGGAUUUUCGAGCUCGGUCCUGACUUGGAGAAGCUAGAUUCCAGAAGGGAUGAGGACGUUAUUUCUGGGGUCAAAGAUGCCUUGGGAGUGUUAGGAACUUUUGUGAUGAAUCUCACGGAACGUGUGGGAAGAAGUCGUGAGGAGGCUAUUGCAGAAUCUUCUCGAGCAAAACUGAAGGAGGUGGAGAGAUUGGAGGCAAUGAGGCAAGCAGAUGAGCUAAGGGGUGCUUUGACAGGUAAGUCUAAGGAGCUUGAGGCUGAAAGGGGCAAAGUGCUGGGUUUAGAGGAGAAGCUGCGUUCUUCAGCGGAAGCUUACAAAGAAGAGGUAAAAAAUGUGUCUUCGUUACGUGCGGAUAUCAAAAGGUUGCAAGAGGAACUUGAUAAGGAGCGAGAGAAAACGAGGAAGGCACAAGAGGCUUUGGAGAAAGUGGAGAAGGAGGCAGUGGUUACAUACAAAGAUGCUGUUGAAAAGUACCAGAAAUCAGAGGAGUUUGAGGAACUAGUAAGUGUGAAGGCCGGGUAUCUUCACGAAGAGGGUUUUAAUGAUUGUCUCUCUUUUGUGGGGGAAGGAAAUGCAGUGGAUCCAACCAUUCAUACUGUGCAGAGCUUCAGGGCCACGGUUUUGGCAGGGAUGGGCGGACAAGGCGAGGCUGUAGGGCAUUGAACUUAGUGAUAAUUUUUGCGAAUGUUCUCAAUGGUGUAUUGGUUGUUUUUGGUGACUUUGCUCUAGACUGUGUUUAUGUUAUCCAUUUUGCUUAGGUGUAACGAUGACUGUUUAAUUUUUGCUUCAGCUAGUUUUAUACUAAAGUUUUUUGCUG